AUGUGGAAGCCCCCGAUAGACUUUCUAACCUUGCAUUAUGCGUGGAUUAUUACACUGAGUAUUCUUAGCUUGGUGAUUAUCUAUCCGUAUGGUAAUUUACGGGCGAUUGAUGCGUACUUCUUUGGUGCGAGUUCGUCUACCGAGUCGGGGUUGAAUACGGUCGAUGUCAAGGCUUUGAAGACCUAUCAGCAGGUUUAUGUCUAUCUCAUUCCUAUUCUGGGGAAUCUGGGGUUCAUUAAUAUCAUCGUGGUGGUGGUUCGGUUGCGCUGGUUUGAGAAACGGUUGAAGGCUGUUGCUCCGCAUCUCUUACGGCCGCAGCCUUCUAUAGGUCAAGACGCUGAGGCACAGCUUCAAGAUGAGCAUAAUCGGAAGGUUGUCCCGGACGCCGGUGAACAGCGGGAGCAGCAUGAAUGUGAAUAUUCAGACGAAAAUCAGGCUGGAGUCAACGAGAUUCCAGAGAUCUCUCCCAGUUCCGACAGGGUGACAGACCUAGAGGUCGACACUAAGACCCCCAUGCCGAACCUGGCUCCCUUCCGUCAGACUAUUCAGUUCGCCGAUGAAGGGCCAUCGACAAAUGAGAAAGCCCUAUACAUUCCUCCGCCAUGGAGACGCGAUAGAGGUGCGCAGGAACUACAGGGCUUCUGUUGCCUUCCAAAUCUGACAAUCAUGCUCAGGCCGAAAGGAAAAUCCAUCAUGUCAACCUACACCGACCAAGAACGCAUCGACGGACUCCGUCGUCGCCAAACCGCAACGAGCAUCUACUCCACAACCACACGGCCCCUCGAGCAAGCUGCGUCGAUGAUGUUUCGAGUCGGAGGGUCCGCAAGUUCUACUCGUGCUCCCAAUCCCAAACGACAAUUCAAGAACCUCGCUCUACCCAAUAUCUCCACGCAAGCGACGCAGAGCCGAAACUCCCAGUUCCACAACUUGACAGCCGAGGAUCGUCAGAAACUGGGUGGUAUUGAGUACCGCAGUUUGAAACUGUUGCUGAAGAUUGUUAUCGGAUAUUUCGUCGGGCUGCAUCUUUUCGGUGCCAUCUGUCUGGUGGGAUGGAUUUUGCACUCUGACUCGAGAUACCGUGAUUACCUUGCCGAGUGCGGCCAAGGAGAUGUUUGGUGGGGCUUCUACUCCUCUCAAACAAUGAUCUCCAAUCUCGGCUUCACCCUAACCCCCGACUCAAUGGUCCACUUCCAAGAUGCAACAUUCCCAUUGAUCGUCAUGAGCUUUCUCGCCUUCGCCGGAAACACCUGCUACCCAUGCCUCCUCCGCCUGAUUAUCUGGCUCAUGUACAAACUCUGUCCCCAGAACUCCUCCAUGAAAGAAACCCUGUCUUUCCUCCUCGACCACCCCCGUCGCUGCUUCACGCUCCUCUUCCCAAGCAAGCCAACCUGGAUUCUAUUCGGUAUCCUAUUCGUCAUGAACGCCAUGGACGUGAUCUUCAUUAUCGUCCUGGACCUCCACAAUACAGCCGUCGAUAACCUCCCCGCUGGCCCGCGUGUGCUCGCGGCUAUCUUCCAAGCUGCUUCUACUCGCCAUACGGGGACUGCCAUCUUUAACCUGGCGGAUGUCAAUCCCGCGGUGCAGUUUAGCUUGGUGGUGAUGAUGUAUAUUGCCGUCUUUCCUAUCGCAAUCAGUGUCAGGGCGAGUAACGUUUAUGAGGAGAAGACCUUGGGUGUUUAUACUUCGGAAGCGGCUGCUGAUGAGAAGGACGGGAGUUCUUACAUCAUUACACACAUUCAAAACCAGUUGAGUUUUGAUUUGUGGUAUAUCUUCCUCGGGUGCUUUUGCAUUUGCAUUGCCGAGUCCGGGAAGAUUGCGGAUACGAGUAUUCCGGCAUUCUCGGUCUUCUCGGUUUUGUUCGAGGUGGUUUCGGCAUAUGCCAAUGUCGGUCUUAGUCUGGGCUUUCCUACUAACAGUGCUUCCCUCUCCGGAGAGUUUACUACAUUCAGCAAACUCGUUAUUUGUUUCAUGAUGAUCCGAGGCCGGCAUCGUGGAUUGCCGUAUAGCAUUGAUCGGGCCAUUGUUCUCCCGGGCGAGAACUUUGUUGAUCGUGGAGAGGACGGUGUGUCACAGAGCAGGGAGUUGACACAAUAA